CAGGUAUCUUGUUCAGAUAAUCACAUUCAUCUGCUAAAAAUGCCUACAAUGGAUAUCUCAAAAUCCAUAUCGGGAAUCAAGCCUCCUUUUUCGUUUCCUCUCAAACAUGAAGGAUCCUGCACACAAGUUGCAUUUGAGCAGACAACUGGAUUAGUUGCUGUUUCCACUGAAGAUUAUUGUGUACAAUUCUAUAGCUUGUUUGACAACCAUGAGGUUUCAGAGGUCCAAGUGUGCAAAAGAAAUUUUCAGCCUGCAGAUGACGUUAUGCUAUAUGUGGCUCUUGUAGCCAUUUCUCUUGAUGGCUCCUUAAUGGCUACCAUUGAUGUGACAAUUCCUGAAGAAAAAUUAGGGGGUUUGGUUUGUCUAAAAUACUGGACUCGUGGUUCCCUAGUGGCAGAGUACUUAUUAUCCACUGUCAUAUAUGAGCCUCAUAGUGAUGCUCAAGUUUCAUCUCUUGCAUUUCGCCCUGGACACAACAUGGCUGUCACAUCAUCUUAUGGUGGUGAUUUUAAGGUUUGGGUUCAUGGUUCUCAUGCCGACAGAAAUAAUGAAUCAAUCCAGAGAACUGGUUGGAGAUGCCAAUCUGUUGGUUCAUACAAGGGGAAAAUCAUUAACACUGCUGCUUUUUCUGACGAUGGAUCGGUCCUUGCUAUUGCAGUUGAGACUAUAAUUACAUUAUGGGAUCCAGAUUCCAAUAUUCUUGUGGCUAUGAUUGGAGAUACACUUUCGCCAAUUACAAAGCCUUCAUUUGUUGGGGAAUCAGAAUAUCUGGUGUCCUAUACACACGGUUUAAAGCCACAACUUUCAGUUUGGAGUACUUCAAAUUUGGCAUUGUACUGGUCUCACGGGAUUGUUACAGAAGCCGUAAGCUGUUCCCAUGAUGAAUCUCAAUUCGCCGUCUUAGCUCUUCUCAGUUCAGCAGGUGAUGCUGAUGCAAAAGGAAAUGGGGUAAUAUUUUUCUUCGAUGUGGAAGAUCCUGUUCCUGUGGCAACCUAA